AUUACACAUGCGUUAGGGAGAAGUUGUGUACUAGACUGGUGUUUCUCACUUCUCAGUAAAAGGAGUCUUCUUCCGCCGGUGAGGUCUGAGACAAAAGAUCUAUCGCUAGCUUGCAAUCUCCAGAAAUGGCCCAAUCAGCGAAGCCGAUCUCGAGCCCGGUGCCGGAGUCGAUGUAUCCAACCCUAGCGUUCUUCAUGCUCGUCGUUGGUCUCCUCGUGACCGCCUUUUUCUUCAUCUAUGGGGCUACUUCUUCUAGAAAGAAUCUGAGUCUUGCCAAGGAGCUCACCACAGGUGCAGUGGCAUCAGUAUUCUUGGGUUUUGGAUCCUUGUUCUUACUGCUUUCCUCUGGUGUUUACGUUUGAUAACUUAACAUCGUACUAGACCUAAUUUUGUUUUUGCAAUUUCUACGCGAGUGAUGCUUUUUGACAGUGUCGUUAGAACUAAUUUGAGUAUUUGAGCGGAGCAUCUAUGAUAUGUAAUCCUCAUCAAACUAUAAAUCUACUAAACCAGGAACCCUACCAAUGAAACUUUACAUUUUUCUUGUUGGACAAA